CAAGCACACGUAGCCAUUUUUGGCCCAUAGAUCUUCCUACAAUACUUGUAUGGGAGACAUUAAAUGGUUUUAUUAAUUCUCAUCAAUUCUGGACAAUAGUUAUUUCAUUCAAGAAAGAAAACAUCUCGUGAAAGGUCAUGUAUCGUCCAGAUUCUUAUCUUACGUUACUGAAGGUAUUUAUUUUCAAUUUGAACAUCCGACAACAAUUUAAUUAUUAAUAAGAGAAUAAUAAGUGUAUGUAAUUUUUAUCUUCACAAAAUUUUCAAUAUGUCGUUUGAAUGCUUGUUGAAAAAUUACCGUUUUGUAUAUUAGUGUAUACAAACGAAUGUGGUGCGACGGUGGCUCACGGGAGUCCCACAGAAAAUAUCAAUCGGAACACCUCGCCUUCGUCUGCCAACGAGGGGUCUCGAAGUUAUACGUACAUGUUGUUGUGUAAUGGUGGACGCGGAGGAUUCGUCCAGGAUGAAUUUCCGAAUCCUACUGUGGAUAUUUGCUAUUCUGGCAUCCAUAUCCUCAUCUGCAAAUGGUGCUGCUUGUACAUCGUGGUCGAAUGUAGGCGAAGGAAAUCCGUUAACAAGAAAUUCAAACGACUUUGGAGUAAAUGGUAUGAGCCUGUGGACUGAUGACGCGGUAGGAUGUACCUGUGGUGUUAUCUAUGAGUGGCUAUACUAUGCCAAAAGUGUGAACACAGUUUAUUUUCAAGUGUGGAGAGACACUGGUGGGGAUGUUUAUGAAUUAGUUGGACAACAUCAACAUACUCCCACAGGUACUGGUAGUAAUACUGCUACAUUUACUGGCACUGACAGGAUUGCAGUAAAUCAGGGAGAUAUCAUAGGCUGGUAUUCUCCUGGCGCGUCUGUAGUCAGCUAUAAAAACAAUGGAGGGGGCCCGAGCUACCGAACGUCGACUGCUGUGGGGGCCUUGGCAGUAGGGAACACUCAUGAUUGGUCGGGCGAUGCCACGCAAUCAGGAAAGCGAUUUGGAUUCCAAGCUAAGAUACAACCAGGUACUGCGCCAACUAUAACAAACUUGGCGCCGACGACAACCUCGAUCAGCGACACCUCACAAACAGGGUUCCUCGUGUUCACCUUGGUAGUGUACGAUGAUGACGGCGACACCAUAACAACAAGUAUGACGUCAGCUUCCACUGAAUUUGCGUUCGAUGCAAACACACUUCGGGUGACAACAGCUGUUAAUACGAUUGCUGCUGGGUCCUACCCUCUGACGUUUCGAGUACAGGAUUCUUGUGGUAAAACGGGUACGGGUACCCUGACCAUAACGGUAACGAAUUCGCCAAUCUAUAUCACCAAUCUCCCGAGUUACGCCGUGGUGAGUCAGGAUAUCAUCAUCCAGACCCUUCUCCAUACCUUGGCCACUUCAGACGCCUCUCCGACCGACAGUAUCGCCAGCUGUAACUUGGCUGCCGCCCCGAAAUUCUCCACCGCUAUUGUCACAGGAACAACAUACGGAAUAUACUCCAUUUUAAAUCCCGGGUUCGAUUAUGUAACGACAAAGAAAUAUCAAUUUGACGCCACAUGUACAGAUUCCUAUGGAGCCUCAGACAGCGGAACUUUCUAUGUCUACGUUACAGCCAACACUCCACCGAUAUUCACAAACCUGCCAGAUAAAACAUCGAUUGCCAGUACUAUAGCAACCGGUACCAGUGUGUUUACUGUAACAGCCACCGAUGUUGACGUCGCAGAUACCGUCACGUUCAACGGCGUCACGUGCUCGACAGGAACAUGUCCGUUUACAAUAACCGCCGGUGGUGAAAUACAGACGAAUGCAGAUAUCUCGGCACUAACCAUACCUGGAUAUGAAGUAUACGUCACAAUCACUGACGGAACAAGCACUGUGGGACCGAGGACGCUGACUGUCAUAGUUACUGGCAUAAAUUCGCCACCUGUGAUACGGAACACACCUCUGACGUUCAGCCUGUCAUUAAUGGAGAACAGUGCAAAAAGCGCCUCUAUUUAUCAGAUAAAUGCUGCUGAUCCGGACUCGGAUACGCUAACCUAUAGCAUCACCUACACACCUGCUACCGAAGGAGCUACUGUCUUCUCGUUUGACACAUCUACUGGGCUAUUGUCCACCUCUUCAGCUUCCGUAGUAGACUAUGAGAGUUUGACCAGUAAGAGUUUUACCGCGGACAUCAGCGUUACAGACGGCGCGGCGACUGAUACCUACGCCACAUUCACCAUCGAUGUGAUUGACAUAAACGAGGCUCCAGCUUUCGGAACUACAAUCUAUUACGUCACCGGAAAUGAAGGGAAUGCAGGGGAGAGCUUUGGUAACCCUGGGUUUACUGUAACGGAUCCCGAUCCUGGCGAUACACAUUCCUACACUGUCGACUGCCCUGCUAUCACCAUGGAUUCUAGUACAGGCGCUGUGACCUUAAGUGGAACCUAUGACCUUGACAUUUCCGGUACGACGUCAGUAUUGACCUGCACUGCCACGGUAUCGGACGGCGAGCUCACUGAUACGACUCAAUUGAUAGUCACCAUAAAUGACGUCAACGACCAUACUCCAGCAUUCUCCCAAUCGGAGUAUACCAUUUAUACGACCAUAUACGGUAACGUUGGCGGGAUUAUUGGGAAUAUAGCGGCAACUGAUGGGGACUUAGGGAUCUACGGAGCAAUAUCCUACUCCAUUGACUCCUCAACACUCAACGAUACUUACUUUGGAGUGAGCGGCACAGGGGAUUUAUAUAUUAAUAAGGCUCUUUCAUCCUUCGGAAAUGGGGCAUACCUCCCUUUCACUGCAACUGUAACAGACUAUGGUGGCCUAACAGAUACAGCGAAAAUUGUUGUUAUAGUAUACAUAACAACAACUGUAGCAACGGAAACUACAACGGAAAGAUAUAUAACAUUCUUCGAGUACCCUCCAAACAUACCAUGGUUCACCCUAUUAUCCAUGACUGCCUUUACUGUGGCUGCUGUGUUUGCAUACUUGGCCUAUACUCGAGGAUUCUUGACAAACCUCACAUGUGAAGAUUUUAAAUCUGUAUGCAGGGAAAAGAAAAAGAGAAUCAUUAACAGAAAGCCUCGGAGGAAAAUCAACAAUUUUGCUUCUGCCCAGGGGCAUCGACAGAGGGGCGUGGAAUUCGUUUCAUCUGACUUAGCUCUCCAAAUCAACACACAACUCUGAAGAAUUGGACCCGCAUCGUUAAUCAUUAUGGAAUUCUGUAGAAAAACUGCUACCAACCACCAUUAAGAACAUAAAAUAUCAGAGAGUUGUUCAUAUGCUGUAAACUGUGAUCGUAACAAUUUCAUUGUAUCCAUAGGUUUCUCAAAAUAAAUUUGAAUUUUAACUUCAGAAAUUCUGGUCAUGUUCUAAACAAGAAUGAAAAAUAAAGAUAUCAAUUUCGUUUUAAUUCUUUUGAAUAGUGAUACAUGUAAUAACAGGAUAUAGACAUGUACUUAAUAGUUUAUUUUGAAAUAUUGUAAAUUAUGAAACUUUCUUGAUGUUUAUUAUGAAAUUUAAAGAAGUAUGUGCCUUUGGCAUCUGCCCAUCCAGAUUUUGAUAUUUCUUUCUGCCUGUUUCGCAUUAUUGUUCACCGGAGGACUCCUGGAAGGAUUAAACUGCUAACUGGUGCAGUUUAAUUCACUCUGGCUAUACAUGCAUCCAACUCUCAAUCUAUUUAAAGGAACUUAUAUCUUGUGUGUCUUUUAUACAAUCCUUCGAUAAAAGCCAAAAUGUGAAAAAUUAUUCUUACAGUAUUUUCAUCAUCAUGUCGUUAUCAGCUUCUUAUCAGUGUGUAUACAGAUAUUGAAAACAUCUCGAUAACAAAUAAAAAAUGAACACCUUGACAGGAGCAAAAACUGAA